AUUUAAAACCCUCUUCUCUUCUUUAGCUCCCUAAAACCCCAAACCAACCUUCAAGUCUCGUUCUCGUAUCUGCAAGAAUCAAUGGCGGACAAAGUCAUUUCACUUGAGAAGCUGAAGGCCAUCUGGCAUUCUCAGGUUCAUGAUGAAGAGAAGUGGGCCCUCAACAUGAAAUUGCUGCGUGCUGCAGGGCUAUUUGCAGGAUCCAUUUUUCUGAUGAGGAACUAUGGUGAUCUCAUGGCAGUUUGAGGAUGGGAUGAAGUUCAUCCUUAAACUUCUUUCAUGAAUCAAAAAAAACAUGAGCAUUUAGUUAUUUUGAUUUUCAGUCUGUUGGAAAUGUUGCUUUGCUGGGGACAACAGCAAAUUGUCUAGCAUGCGCCUUCACGAACUUUUAGAACAGAAUGCAGCUUUUAUUUCAAAUUUCUCUUGUCAUCUUUAUGUUGUAACUUGAAUUGUUUGUGUAAUUUGAGACUUGACAUGCAGUGAAUGCAAAACAAACCUCUUCAUUUGCUUCUAUUGGAGGAGGAGCUAUAGUCUUCUCAAGUUUGUAAGUUAAGUUGCAGCUAAUGGAGCACGUAUUCACUUUGAUUGGUUAAA